GUUUCUGCAGUAGUUGUUGUCACUGUAAAGUUAUUUUUUUCAUAAAUUGUCGUAGUUUUUUUUUUAUUACCUGGAUUUUGAACCUGCAAAAAGCUGUUUAAAUCAUGGACACGGAAAAAUCCAGCAACAGCUCAUUUGAGGAUCUGACCAAUGCUGAGGAUACCCAGGAUAUCCGUCUCGCGGCAACAGCAAAAAGAGAAAGUACCGUAUUUGGAGCAGAACCAAAGGCAAAGGAACAGCACGAGGAGGAGAAGAAGGCGGAUGAAGAGCAAGAGGAGGAGGAGGAGGAUGAAUGUGAUAUCUUGGGCAACAAGCAGCUGAUAAAGCGCACAAUCAAAAAGGCUUCAUCGACAUCCAAUCGACGUCCAACUCGUGGCGAUUUGGUAACCAUUAAUUUCUCCGGCAAAUUGGACAAUGGUUCACUCGUUGAAGAGGAAAAGAAUUUCCAAUGUCAUGUGGGUGACUAUGAGAUUGUUCAAGGUCUGGAUAUGGUAUUGCCCAUGAUGCAAGUGGGCGAGGUAGCGCAAGUGUCUGUGGAUCCACGUUUUGCUUACGGUUCAACGGGUCUAAAAAUUAACAAAGACGAUGACACGGAAGUCGUGGUGCCACCAGAUUCGCAUCUAACCUAUGAGAUUGAGCUACUGGAUGCCAAAUAUGAAGACUUUAGCGACUUGAAGACCUUUGAAAUCCUACGCAAAUAUGGAACCCGCAAGAAAGAGCGUGCUAAUUACUUUUAUAAGCGUUCCGAAUAUAAUAAUGCUAUACAUUUAUAUAGACGUGCUUUAGACUUUUUGGAUACGCGAGAUGGUGACCCAGAUGCGGCAUUUGGCAAGGAGGAUCUUGAUCUUUCAAAUAGUGAUUUGCAAACCCUUUUAGAGGAUCGUCUUAUUGUUUAUAAUAAUUUGGCUAUGGCUCAAAUCAAAAUUGCUGCCUAUGAUGCAGCUUUACAAUCCGUAGAACAUGUCUUACGCUGUCAGCCCAAUAAUGCAAAGGCCUUAUAUCGCAAGGGUCGGAUACUGGAGGGCAAAGCCGAUACCCAGGGUGCCAUUAAAUUACUACAAAAAGUGGCCACUCUCGAGCCAGAGAAUCGUGUUGUACAAACCGAUUUGGCCAGACUGCUGAUCAAGGCACGACGUGAGGAGCACAACGAAAAGGAAAUGUAUCAGAAGAUGCUGGGACAAGCCAAGAAAAUGGAACAGAAGGCAACUACCAGACAGAAGCAGCCCCUGGUAGAUAACUCCAAGCUCAAAAUGUUGGGUUAUCUAAUGGGCUCCAUAUUAAUUGGUGUCGCUGGCGUAGCUAUUUAUCGUUACAAAUACUAAAGUGAAAACAUCCGAAAAAAACUAAGAACAAACAGAAUAUGACAUCAAUUGGAAUUGUAAUUUAAGCCAUUUAUGAAAAACGCAUUUUCUUCUAUUUCUAUUUUUAUGGAAACUAAAUUGUAGAAAACGUUGAAGCAAAAAAAAAAAACAAAAUGUUAGGCGAAAAAAAACAGCUAAAUUACUAUGCACUCUUCAAAAUAGUAAUUAUCUGUCAAAUGGUUUUGGAUAAUAUAUACACACAAACACACUUAUAAUAAUGUUGAAUUCUAAUCUUAAUCAAAAUGGAAAAAAAAUUCUUGAAAAAAUAUAGAAAAUAACAAAAACA